AUAAUCCCCCCUUCCCGCUCUCUGACUCAUCACCUCCUCUCUGUCCACAUGUUCACUUGUUCCCUCCCCUUCUGAUCUCCACUUUGUAGAUGGGUGUAAGCAACAUGUGGCAAUCUGUAAGAACUCACAGGCCACAUUCACAGCAGAAACACAUGUUGUUUAGAUCAGAGCUCAGACUAGUUUCAUUUAUAAGGAAGUGAAACUCACACAGUCGCUGACACAGAGUAGAAAUGGCGCAGAAAGCAGUUCAGCUGGACCAAGAAACCUUCUCUUGUUCUAUCUGUUUGGAUCUACUGAAGGAGCCAGUGACUAUUCCCUGUGGACACAGCUACUGCAUGAACUGUAUUAAUGGUUUUUGGGAUGGAGAGGAGGAGAAGAAAAUCUACAGCUGCCCUCAGUGCAGACAGACUUUCACAGCGAGGCCUGUCCUGGUGAAAAACACCAUGUUAGCAGUUUUAGUGGAGGAGCUGAAGAAGACUGGACUCCAAGCUGCUCCUGCUGAUCACUGCUAUGCUGGACCUGAAGAUGUGGCCUGUGAUUUCUGCACUGGCAUGAAGCUAAAAGCUGUGAAAUCUUGUCUUGUGUGUUUGGUUUCUUACUGUGAGAAACACCUUCAGCCUCAUUAUGAUUUGGCUCCAUUAAAGAAACACAAGCUGGUGGAGCCCUCCAAGAAGCUCCAGGAGAACAUCUGUUCUCGUCAUGAUGAGGUGAUGAAGAUGUUCUGCCGUACUGAUCAGCAGAUUAUCUGUUAUCUCUGCCCUGUGGAUGAACAUAAAGGCCACGACACAGUCUCAGCUGCAGCAGAAAGGACUGAGAGGCAGAGAGAGCUGGAGGUGAGUCGACAAAACAUCCAGCAGAGAAUCCAGGACAGAGAGAAAGAUGUGAAGCUGCUUCAACAGGAGGUGGAGGCCAUCAAUCAGUCUGCUGAUCAAACAGUGGAGCACAGUGAGAAGAUCUUCACUGAGCUGAUCCAUCUCAUCCAGAAAAGAAGCUCUGAUGUGAAGCAGCAGAUCAGAUCCCAGCAGGAAACUGAAGUGAGUCGAGUCAAAGAGCUUGAGGAGAAGCUGGAGCAGGAGAUCACUGAGCUGAAGAGGAAAGGUGCUGAGCUGAAGCAGCUCUCACACACAGAGGAUCACAUCCAGUUUCUACACAACUACCCCUCACUGUCAGCACUCAGUGAGUCUACAGACUCACCCAGCAUCAAUAUCCGUCCUCUGAGGUACUUUGAGGAUGUGACAGCAGCUGUGUCAGAGGUCAGAGAUAAACUACAGGACAUUCUGAGAGAGGAAUGGACAAACAUCUCACUGACAGUCACUGAAGUGGAUGUUUUGCUGUCACAACCAGAGCCAAAGACCAGAGAUAGAUUUUUAAAAUAUUCAAAGGAAAUCACACUGGAUCCAAACACAGCACACACACAGCUGUUAUUAUCAGAGGAGAACAGAAAAGCAACAUUAUUGUUUUAUCAUGAGUCUUAUUUUGAUCAUCCAUACAGAUUCACUUCAUAUAAUCAGGUCGUUAGUAGAGAGAGUCUAACUGAACGUUGUUACUGGGAAGUGUUGAGGAGAGGGAGAGGAGUUAUUGUAGCAGUUGCAUCUAAAAAUAUCAGGACAGCAGGGGAUGAAUGUUGGUUUGGGCAUGAUGACCAAUCCUGGGCAUUAGAUUGCACCAAAAACAGUUAUAUAUUUUGGCACAACAACAUCCAAACUCCUGUCUCAGGUCCUCAGUCCUCCAGAGUAGGAGUGUACCUGGAUCACAGAGCAGGUAUUUUGUCCUUCUACAGCAUCUCUGAAACCAUGACUCUCCUCCACAGAGUCCAGACCACAUUCACUCAGCCGCUCUAUGCUGGACUGAGUCUUUACUACAAUUAUGGAGAUAUUGCUGAGUUCAUCACACUGAAAUAGAUUGACGUCUUUCAUAUUGUGGAUUUAAAUCUGUAUUUUAGUUUCAUCAUUGUUGUGACAUUUUGGCUCUGCGGAGAGAUCAGCUGUAAAUCAAUCAUCAUGGGUGUUACCUCAACAUCUUCUAGAUGUUCCAAUGAUGUUAUUGAGUAUUUUAUGAUGAGCUGUUCCUAAGUCUGUUUAGCCAUGGAGGCUAUGACUGCUCAUCAUAAUUUUCAUCUACAAAAACAUUUCACCGCAUAAAAAGAGCUGUGCUCUAAAUAAGAAUUUAUCAUCAAUUUAUACACUUGGAAAGAAAUGUAUAAUUGCUUUUACAUUUAUCUAAUCGGAAGACUAACUUGUCUGGGGGGGUUUAAUUCAUGACAAA